AUGACGUCCUCAUACGUCCUUCCGACUUCCACUCUGCCGCAUGCGCAUCAGAACCAUAUGCAUUCACACACGCGAAGUCAUUCUCAAUCGUCGUUGAACAACCUUAGACGACAAUCGACUUUCUCCAACGGGAGCCUUCCAUCAGUACCCGACGAAGACCAUAACCACGAUGUUAGCCAUGAUUGUGCGGAUGGAAACGGAAACCAUUCUGCACACUCCCACAACCCGAGUAUCCACAAGCAUGGACACAGACGCUCCCGCAUGUCCAACACAAGCGCAACUAUUGCCCGCGAGAAACUCCCUCCAGCCCCAUUAAACACAUUGGAGGGGUGGACAGAAGAGAGAACACCGGGAGGCAAGAGCAUACUUACACCAGGUCCCGAAUCGGCCAAUAUGACUUAUUCUCCUCCGGAAUUUCCCCACGACCAUCAUGACCACGGCCAUCACGAUCAUUCCCACGACCAUUCCCACGACCAUUCGCAUUCUCACAACCACUCACAUAGUCAUGACCAUAGCAAUCAUUAUGGGCAUGAUCAUGGCCACCCGCAUGAUGAUGACAAGGGCAAAAGAUCAUUAUUCACCCGGAUGAUUCUGCCGUAUACAACAAGAUUUCCUAUUUUGAAUGCUAUCUUGAUUGAGAAGGACUCCAGGCGUAUUUUUUACUUUAUGGCGCUCAACUUUUCGUUCAUGGCUGUACAGGCGUUUUAUGGCUACGUCACAGACUCGCUUGGUUUACUGAGCGACAGUAUCCAUAUGUUCUUUGAUUGCGUGGCGCUCAUGGUGGGCUUGUUGGCUGCUGUAUUGAGCAAAUGGCCGCGAAGCCAGAGAUUUCCUUAUGGCUUCGGCAAGAUUGAGACAUUGAGUGGGUUCGCCAACGGUAUCUUGUUGAUGUUACUCAGUGUCGAAAUUGCCUUUGAGGCUUUUGAACGGCUGUGGGAGGGAACUCAAACAAAGCGAUUAGGCGAGCUCUUUAUUGUGAGCACUUUGGGUCUUCUUGUUAAUCUGGUUGGAAUGAUGGCAUUCGGUCACCAUCACCACGGACACGACCAUGGACACGACCACGGGCAUUCUCACAGCCAUGAUCAUGGUCAUAACCAUGGCCAUGACCACGGCCACAGCCACGACAACGAGAACAUGCACGGCAUUUACUUGCAUAUCCUUGCCGAUACCUUGGGCAGCGUGUCGGUCAUCGUAUCGACAUUAUUAACGAGCUUAUGGGGAUGGGCCGGAUGGGAUCCGUUGGCCUCAUGCUUUAUUGCUGUUCUGAUCUUUCUUUCAUCCAAGCCGCUAGUAUACUCGUCAGCAAAACGGCUACUACUAAGCAUCCCAGAAGAUACAGAGUACAAUCUUCGAAACAGCUUAGGCGGUAUCCUGAACCAACGAGGAGUAGUAGGCUAUUCGUCGCCAAAGUUUUGGAGGGAUGAUCACAGCGCUAGCCCUAGUGGUGGGAAGUUAUUAGGCGUUGUUCACGUCGUGGCAGCAAGAGGAGCUCCGUUGGAAGACGUCCGAGAUCGAGUUCGCGAUUAUCUCUUGAGAGAAGGGGCAGACGUUGUGGUGCAAGUUGAACGAGAAGGAGACAACAGCUGUUGGUGCAGUAGACGAGGAAUCCCAGCUCCACCAGCAACGCCCACAUUGACAUCAGCGAAGGCAUUCUAG